CACCCUGUUGUCCCGGUUAUAGUGUAGGCUAUAGAGUAUAUGCAGUCUUCCACAGUGUGGCAAUAACUUGGGAAGGGUGUGAUUAACAUCGUCUUGAAGACUAUUGAACCUAUAUUGUCACUGGGAAUGACAUAGGACACCAGCACUUAUCCAUAUGUUAUAGCCUGGUCCAUCAUGCCUGUAAACUCAAUUCACUGGUUCCGUAAGGGGUUACGUCUCCAUGAUAACCCUGCUCUGCUGGAGGCCGUGCAGGGAGCAGACACCCUGCGAUGUGUCUACUUUCUGGAUCCUUGGUUCGCAGGCGCGUCGAGUGUGGGUGUCAACCGGUGGAGGUUCUUGCUGCAGUGUCUGGAGGAUCUGGACGCCAGCUUGCGGAAGCUGAACUCGCGGCUGUUCGUCAUCCGUGGCCAGCCGGCCAAUAUCUUUCCCCGUCUCUUCAAGGAGUGGAAGAUCUCCCGACUGACCUUCGAGUGUGACUCAGAACCAUUCGGGAAGGAGCGGGAUGCGGCCAUCAAGAAGCUGGCUUCAGAGGCCGGGGUGGAAGUCAACGUCAAGACCUCCCACACACUUUACAACUUGGACAAGAUUAUUGAACUGAAUGGUGGUCAGCCUCCUCUCACCUACAAACGUUUCCAGACACUGGUCAGCACCAUGGACCCCCCUGACCCACCUCGGGAACCGCUCAGCAAGGCCUUGAUGGGCAGAUGCACCACGCCUGUGUCUGAAAACCACCAGGAGAAAUAUGGAGUCCCCUUACUGGAGGAGCUAGGUUUCGACACAGACGACUUGUGUCCUGUUGUGUGGCCUGGAGGAGAGACGGAGGCUUUGACCAGGGUAGAGAAGCAGUUUGGAAAGGAUUCGGCCUCGACCCUGCAGGAGAUCUUUGAGAGGCCCAAACUGAACAGCAGCCUGCUGGUGGCGAGUCCUGUUGGCCUGAGCCCGUACUUGCGCUUCGGCUGCCUGUCCUGCCGCCUUUUCUACUCAAAACUCACUGAGCUCUACAAACAGAUCAAUAAGAAGCCCAACUACGACAAGCUGCUUUGGCGUGAGUUCUUUUACACCGCGGCCACCAACAACCCACGCUUCGACAAGAUGGAGGGCAACCCCAUCUGCAUCCGCAUCCCCUGGGACAAGAACCCCGAGGCCCUGGCCAAAUGGGCGGAGGCCAAGACGGGCUUCCCCUGGAUCGACGCCAUCAUGACCCAGCUGCGGCAGGAGGGCUGGAUCCACCACUUGUCCCGCCACGCCGUGUCCUGCUUCCUGACCAGAGGAGACCUGUGGAUCAACUGGGAGGAGGGCAUGAAGGUGUUUGAGGAGUUGCUGCUGGACGCUGACUGGAGUAUGAAUGCUGGCAGCUGGAUGUGCCACUCCUGCAGUUCCUUCUUCCAGCAGUUCUUCCACUGCUACUGCCCGGUGGGCUUCGGCCGCCGCAUCGACCCCAACGGGGACUUCAUUCGACGCUACUUGCCUGUCCUCCGAGAUUUCCCCGCCAAGUACAUCUUCGAUCCGUGGAACGCCCCGAAGGAGGUGCAGGUGGCGUGCAAGUGCGUUGUGGGAGUGGACUACCCCAAGCCCAUGGUGAACCACGCCGAGGCCAGUCGCCUCAACAUCGAGAGGAUGAGGCAGAUCUACCAGCAGCUCUCGCGCUACAGAGGCCUCAGCUUGCUGGCCACUGUACCGUCCAGCCACGGGGAGGAUGUCAAUGUGAACGGGCUCAAAGGAGUAGUAGCGCCCUCUUCUGGCAAAAGGCGCCGCGGGAAUGGACAUGGCAGCCGCAGGGACCAUCGGCCAGGGGAGGAGCCCGCUGGACCCAGCGGAGUGAAGCACCGCAGCGCUGGACCCACGGAGACUCCGAACUGUCGUGGGAUAGUCCAGUCUGGCCACGGAGGAGCUGGCGCACAGUGCCAGGGAGACUGCACCCACUUUGUCAUUCCACAGCAACCAUACCGACUACACCGCCUAGGUAACGGUGGGUCGGGGAAGAGAGAGCACGAGUCGGAACAGGAAGCUGGAGGUUACAACGGUUUGCCGACAUCCGCCCUCAAGGUCCAGCGGCACAACAAUGCGAAGAAUGCAGCUCAGCCGGAGGAAAGAAUGACUAUGCCAUCAUGAGACGUUCCAUGUACAGACAGAUAUAUAGAUAUUGUGCUAUACUAUAUGUGCUAAAUGUAUAUCAUCUGUUUUUUUUAUUAUUUAAAAACAAAACAAAACAAAAACUAAAAACAUCUGUGCUUCAAACAAGAAAAAAAAAUGUUUUCUAUCAAAACAGUAGGUUUGUUGUUACAAAAACAUGUUGGACCCAAAGGUAGAUUUGAUUGCCCUGAUAAAUGUGCAAUUGGAUUAUUUUAAACCGAAUGAAUCAAUGAGAUGUUUUAAACUUUUUUACCCUUCUAUGAUGGAAGGCUCUCUGUGAACAGCUCUUUGUAGUAGUGUCUUAUGUACUCCUCUACGCCUCUUUGACAAAAAACUCCUCAGACCUUGCAAAGUGUUUGUUUUGGGGAUUCUGCUGAAUGUUGCCAACAGUCCAAUAGGAGCUUGUGUAAUUGACUGACAUUCACCAGCAAAUGACUUACCGUAAAACCCUAAAACUGCCAGUGUAUUCUUUUAGUCAGUCAUACAUUAAGGGGCUUUAUAUUUUUUUUCAUAGGUCUGUAUCAGACCUGUCAGUUCCAGCCCUUUCAUGCUCAAAUUGUUUUGUCUAGGAGAGCAACUAUACCUCUAUCCAGUACUUCUAGUCCAGUCUUCUGUACCCACCUGCCAUCUCUCUAUGGAGAUGGCAAAUGAUGAUGGGAGGGCCGCAUGUAGUUCUCAGCCUGGUCACCGCUGAGUAGACAACUAUGUACUCAGGCACUUGCCUGCGUGCCAAGAUAGCAAGGCUGUGUGUAAAGUGUGCGGCCGUCCGUCAUCUUCCGUGACUGGCGUUUGGCAAACAUGCUGGGUUGUUCCUCUGUAAGCUGUUUACAUCAGGGUGGAAAGGCUGGUAUUAUUGUGCAUUGCCAACAGAAUUAUCCAGACCUUCAUGACUGGUUUCCCCUUCCAUGACAUUGUGUUCUCCUCUCAUGGCACAAGUACAAGCCUUCUUUUUGCUAUCUUUGAUUUAACUGUGGCGUGACCAGAUGGAUAAAUUGCCCGGUCACCUUCUCUAGGGAAAGCAAUGUGUAGUAACCCUCCCGUCUUCCAUAUUGUACGCCAUUAUCAUGGCAACUCUCAAAACUACUCUGACAUAUCCCUGGGAGAGAAGACACAGCUGGAGUCUGUGGCAUUUGGCAGUAGUGCUACCAAAUAUGCAUCCGCCCCUCAUGUUUCUGGAGUUGUCCUGGAUCCCUCAAAAAGGUUUUGCCAGCAGCUUUGCAUGUUCCUCUUAUGUUCUUCAUUGACUUUCUGUACACAACAUUUGAUGAUCUGAAAGCUGUACAUUGUUGCCAUUGUGUUUUCAUUUUUCUACUGAAAUUCAAUUUUUCCUUUUUUGCUUCAAUUGUAAAUUUAUAUAUAAAAAAAUGCUGUAAAAAAAAGCUCUAGUUUGUGCAUAUUGUACCACAUUAGACGACAAAUAAAAUUGGUUGCAAAACACCAAUUGAUAUAUA